AUGGCAGACGUUCAGGCCCUGAGGCGGCUUAUCCAGACGCACCCGCUCAUCGACAACCAUGCUCACAACAUCCUGAGCGCCGAGUAUGCGGCAGACUAUGGCAGAUACCCGCUGGAGAGCAUCGUCUCCGAGGCCCAGGGUGACUCCCUGCUGAAGGAUGGAUGCAAGUCCCUCCCCCAUUUCAGGGCCAUCAGCCAGCUGGCAGACCUGUAUGGCUGUCCGGCUGAGCUGAAUGCCGUCAAAGCUGCCAGAGAGGCGGCGAUUGCGGCUAAUUACGAGCAGCUGGUGAAGAAGUGUCUGCAUGGAACCCAUAUGCUCCUCAUUGACGAUGGCUUGAACAUAGACCACUCGGAGUCCUUUGAGUGGCAUGACCGGUUCACUCCCGGAUCUACGAAGAGGAUUGUCCGUAUUGAAAGCCUGGCUGCCUCGAUCUUGAAGAUUUUGCUGCAAAAGACCUCCGGGGAUGAGCUCUUGUUCGAUACCCCUGAAACUGAAGACGAGGGUGGUCUUAUCUUUGGAAAGUACCCUUCCUCCCAACUUCUCAGCAUCUUUGAAGUGGCCUUCAAGAGCCGGAUUAAAGGGUACCUGGAGGAUCUGGACAUUGCCGGAUUCAAGUCAAUCAUCUGCUAUAGAUCCGGGCUAGCUGUGAAGAAGCCCGCAACCAAGGAUUUAUUGAAAAGUUUCAGCUCCCACUUCCAGUCAAUGUCGACAGAUGGCAGCAGCCGAAUCGAUAGCAAGCCUUUGAAUGACUACUUGGUCGUGACAGUCCUGACUAUAAUCCAUCAAUAUCACCUUACCACAGGGAAAAGCAAACCAAUCCAGUUUCAUACAGGUCUAGGAGAUUCCGACAUAGAACUUAAUCAGUCUGAUCCCGCUCUUCUUCAAUCCGUCAUUGAGCAGUUUGAGACCGUCAACUUUGUUCUACUUCACUCAUCAUAUCCCUUUACACGCCAGGCAGGAUACUUGGCUAGCUCUUAUAAAAACGUCUACUUGGACCUCGGAGAAGUAUUCCCCAUGAUCAGCAGGGAUGGCCAGAUCUCAGUCGUUCGUCAAGCUUUGGAACUGGUACCUACGUCUAAACUUCUCUGGAGCACUGACGGCCACUUUCACCCAGAGACCUUCUGGCUGGCUAACCUUCAGUUUAGACAAGCGUUGGAAUUAGUUUUCACCGAGUAUGUAUACAAGGGAGACUUUAACAUUGACCAGGCUAUGACCUCAGUUGCAGAUAUUCUGUUCAAUAAUUCCAACGAACUCUAUAAUCUCGACCAGUCGGUAAGCUUUGAAACUAUUAUGGACCUGCAGCGGGCUACAGAGUCGUCUUUUCCCGAGCUGUUUGCUCAAAGGCCAUCAGAAACCAUCAUGCAAACGGCCCAAAGAUUCAUGUCUGUCUACAAUACUAUUGACUUUUAUUGGCUUCAAUUUGUUGACUAUACAGCCACUGUGCGCGUUCGAAUGCUCCCUGCCGGCCAAUUCUAUCGUAUGAUACGGGGAAAAUCUAUCGGGAUCACAAUGGCUCUUAUGAAUUUGCUGCAAAAUGACACAUUAGGCGAACCAGGCGCCUUGACGGCCGGCCAAUUUCUCCUACGGCCCGACAUUACUACUCUAUCUCCCAACCUUAAAAGAUCUGGCUCCCCUAAUAGUGCUACAGUAAUGACCUUCUGGAAGAAUUCAAAGGGCAAACCCCUGGAAGGAUGUCCAAGGUAUACCCUACAAAACUUGGUUGACAAGUGCAAAUCUGAGUUUGGCAUUUCUCUACUUGUCGGCUUUGAAGUUGAAGUAGUGUUCAUGAAACCGUCUGAUGCUAAACGGGACCAUCGCUACAACUAUCUCGAGGAUGAAGACUAUUUCACUCCCUGGGUCCUUAAUCAUUCAUGGUCAAACAUGACAUCUGACACAAGAACAGCACUGCCUCUUGUGGAAGAGAUUGCCUCCGAGCUUCUGUCUUUAGGUAUCGAAAUCGAGCAGUUCCACGCAGAGUCGUCUCCAGGCCAAUUUGAAUUCGUCCUUCCUCCAUCUCGACCUCUAGCUUCAGUCGAUCUCCUCAUCAGAGCACGACAAGUCAUCGUCACUGUUGCUGAAAGGCAUGGCGUUCGGGCAACGCUGUAUCCUAGGCCAUCUCCCAACCAUGCAGGGACCGCAUCGCAUGCCCAUAUAUCAGUCUCACCAACAAAUCAUGAGAAUUCCUUCCUAGCUGGAAUGUUGGAGCACUUCCCAUCAGUUUUGGCGUUCACUUUCCCUCAAGAUGCAUGCUAUGCGCGUGUCUUGCCUGGUAUCUGGGCCGGAGGUAUAUGGGUUGCAUGGGGGGACCAAAAUCGCGAAACUCCUAUUCGAAAAAUCAGCGAUGGGCACUGGGAAAUCAAGUCCAUGGACGGUAUGUCCAACCCGUACCUGGCUAUGGCAGCAGUUAUUGGUGCGGAAUAUCUGGGCUUGAAGGACCGGAUGGAGCUUAAAGUCAAGGCUUGCAAUGUUGAUCCCGUAGGCUUGAACGAUGAGGAACGCAAGGAGUUGGGAAUAACUACUAUCAUGCCCACUUCCAUAGAUGAGAGUAUUGCGGCCUUGAAAGCUGAUACUGCGCUCCAAGAGCUAUUAGGCAAAGUCUUUGUUAAACGAUACAUUGCUGUUCGACAGGGAGAGCAGAGGUUGCUCCAGAGUAUGAGCGAGACCAAACGGCGAAACUGGUUGAUUGAGAAGUAUUAG